AUGGACGACUUUGACUGUACCAUGGAGCAAAAAUUAAAGGGGGCAGUGUCUUUACUGCAAUAUGAGGCCUACCAAUGGUGGCUUACCGUGAGAGAGGGUAUGCAGGGAAGUAAGAUAGUGGCAGAAUAUGAGGCAAAAUUCUUGCGGUUGAGUCGGUAUGCCCGAGGGAUAGUAGCAACUGAGUAUGAACGUUGUGUACGUUUUGAGGAUGGUAUUCGAGACGAGUUAAGGGUAUUGAUAGCUCUGCAGAGGGAGCGAGAUUUUGCUACUCUUGUAGAAAAGGCAAAGAUUGCUGAAAAAGUGAAGCGCUCGGAGUUCCAAAAUCGUGAAAAAGAUAAGGGCAGGAAUAAGAGGGAUUUUGGGCCCUCAAGUUCUUUUGAGAGGCCUGUUAAGAAGGCCAGGUUUGAUGGGCCGGUUCAGACUGGAGUCCCGGUUACUAUUGCUAGGCUGCAGCCUUAUGUUGAUUGUGGUAGAUCUCAUCAGGGAUUGUCCACAGAGGCCGGUUCAGAUACAAGUUGCAGGACCGGGUCAUGUUCAGCCAGUGAGAGGUGGUCAGUCACCGAGAGGCCGUGGGCAGGUCAGAGGUGGAAACGGAAUGGGGUGAAGUCGUGGAGCCCAGAAAGAGGUACUGGUAACAUUGUAGUGAGACAGCCAGAUCUGGUGUAUGCCGCCCAUCGCCGAAAGGAUGGUGACGCUCCUGACGUCAUAAUCGGUACGUUCUUAAUUCGUAAUAUACCCUACACUGCUUUAGUGGAUAUUGGGUCUACACAUUCGUACGUUGCAUGCACUGUGCCGGGAACUUUGGGUACUCAGUUCGAAAAUAUUGUUAGUGGGAUAACUGUGAUAAGUCCACUGGGACAGUCGAUAAAGACUAUUGAGGAUGAGGAGGUGGCUGUGAUUGGGGAGCGAAGAGGCUUUCUGUCUAAUGUGAUCUCUGCUUUAAGGGCCGAAAAACUUGUUCGCAAGGGUUGUGAGGCGUUUCUAGCUUAUAUUAAUAUAUCUGAAGCUGAGGGUCCUUCUGUUGGAGAUGUUAGAACUGUGAAGGAGUUUUCCGAUAUUUUUCCUAAUGAGCUCCCUGGGUUGCCUCCGAACUGCGAAGUUGAAUUUGGAAUUGAGCUUCUGCUAGGAAUAGCUCCAGUGUCUACCACCCCUUACAGGAUGGCACCGAAGAAGUUAGUAAAAUUAAAAGCUCAAAUCCAAGAACUUUUGGAUCGAGGAUUUAUUCGGCCUAGUGUGUCUUCGUGGGGAGUACCGGUGUUGUUUGUAAAGAAGAAGGAUGAGACCAUGCGCAUGUGUAUCGACUAUCGACAAUUGAAUAAACUGACUAUUAAGAAUAGGUAUCCUUUGUCGAGGAUAGAUGAUUUAUUUGAUCAGUUGCAAGAAGCUUCAGUUUUCUCCAAGAUAGAUCUUUGCUCUGGGUACCAUCAGUUAAUAGUUAAGGAGGCUGAUGUAUAUAAGACUGCAUUUAGGACUCGUUAUGGCCAUUACGAAUUCCUAGUGAUGCUAUUUAGGCUGAAAAAUGCACCAGCUGCCUUCAUGGACCUAAUGAAUCGAAUUCUAAGGGAGAAACAACUGUAUGCUAAGUUCAGCAAGUGUGAGUUCUGGCUGCGAGAAGUGACAUUUCUCUGUUACGUGGUGUCUACUGAGAGGAUUAGGGUUGAUCCUCAAAAAAUUAAAACUAUACUGGAUUGGAAACCACCUAAGACCGUAUCUGAGAUUCGAAGCUUUCUGGGUCUGACAGGUUAUUACAGACAUUUUGUUGAGGGGUUUUCCUUAAUUGCUGCACCUCUGAUUAAGUUGUUGCGUAAAGGGGAGGGUAAGGUGGUUGCUUAUGCAUCUCGACAACUGAAGCCUCACGAGGUGAAUUACCCUACUCACGACUUGGAGUUAGCUGCAGUGGUAUUCGCAUUAAAAAUUUGGAGGCACUGGGGAUUUGUUAAGGAAGUUACAUCUCGAUUUUGGAGGAAGUUACACGAGGCGUUGGGUACAAGAUUGGACUUUAGUACUGUGUUUCAUCCCCAGACAGAUGGUCAAUCUGAGAGGGUGAUUCAAAUUCUGGAGGAUUUGUUAAGGUGUUGUAUAGUGGAUUUCCGAGGCAACUGGGAAGAUUUUUUGUCGGUAGCAGAGUAUGCGUACAAUAAUAGCUAUCAGUCCAGUAUUCAAAUGACACCGUAUGAAGCAUUAUAUGGUCGUAGGUGUCGUACUCCCACCUGUUGGACUGAGUUGGGAAAGCUGCGAGUUCUGGGGCCAGAGUUGGUUGCUGAUACCGAAGAGAAGGUAAAACUGAUUCGAGACAGGUUGAAGGAAGCGUCUGAUAGGCAAAAUUCUUAUACAGAUCUUAAAUGCUGA